AAUAACCGCAGUGUAGCGCUAAUGUUACAAUAGUUGGACGUGUGUUUCUAGUUUGCAGUUACAAAUUUGAAUUUGUUUUGAAAAAAUUUUAAUUAUCUAAUUGCAUCUGUAAAAUUAACAAUCUCAAUAUGAGUAGAAGACGUUUGUCAGACGAUGAAGAAGAUAGGAGCAGCAGAAAACGAAGACGAGUCAGUUCAGAACCAAAAGAGAUAGAAGAUCGUCUUGAAUCUCUGAUUAUGAGAGUGGGCGAAAAGAGUACAUCAUCUUUGGAGAGUAAUUUGGAGGGCCUUGCUGGUGUUCUAGAAGCAGAUUUACCUAGUUAUAAAAAUAAAAUUUUAAGGAUACUUUGUGAAUGUGUUGUAAAAAUGCCAGCAAAAGCCACAAUUUACACUACAUUGGUUGGUUUGCUUAAUGCUAGAAAUUAUAAUUUUGGUGGUGAGUGUGUUGAAACUCUAAUGAAAAGUUUUAAAGAUAAAAUUAAAUCUUGUCAGUUUGAUGAAGCAAGAAUUACUUUAAGGUUCUUAGCUGAUUUAGUAAAUUGUUACGUAAUAUCUGCUGGAUCUCUUCUUAAUCUUCUUUCAAGUUUGAUUGAAGUAACUUUAGAAACUAAUAUACCUCAAGUGAGAUCAGAUUGGUAUGUUUAUGCUGUUCUCAGUGUUUUACCAUGGGUUGGUAGAGAAUUAUAUGAAAAGAAGGAUCAAGAAUUGGAUCACUUAUUACGAACAGUGGAAAACUAUAUAAGCAAACGACAGAAAAUUCACCUGCCGGCAUUACAAAUUUGGCAAAAUGGUUGUCCUCAUCCUCAAGAAGAGUAUUUAGAUUGCCUUUGGGCUCAGAUUAGUAAGCUUCGCUCUGAAAAAUGGGUUGAACACCAUAUUUUACGUCCUUACAUGGGUUUUGAUGGAAUCUUGUGUGAGGCCCUCCAGCAUAAUUUACCGCAGCUGACUCCCACACCUCAUGAAGAUGACUGCACAUAUCCUUUUCCAACAGUCAUUUUUCGUCUGUUUGAUUAUACAGAUUGUCCAGAGGGUCCUGUCUUGCCUGGAGCACAUUCAAUUGAAAGAUUUUUAAUAGAAGAGCAAUUAUUUAAAAUAAUAGAAAAAUAUUUUGAAGAAAGAAAAGAAUGUGCUGCCCAGUUGCUGAGCUUUCCUGGAAAACAUAAAAUUCCUUUGGAAUAUAUGAUUGUUGAAGUAAUAUUUUCCAAUCUAUUCAAAUUGCCUGUUUCUCCAUAUUUAGAAGUAUGCAUGGGUUCUCUUUUAUUAGAAUUAUGUAAAUUACAGCCUAGCACAAUGCCACAAGUUUUGGCACAAGCUGUUGAAAUAUUAUAUGAAAGGCUAGAUACCAUGAAUACUGAUUGUAUAGACAGGUUUGCUAGUUGGUUUGCAUAUCAUUUAAGUAAUUUCCAGUUUCGAUGGAGUUGGGAUGAUUGGAGUGAUUGCUUAACAUUAGAUCCUUUAAGUCCAAAAGUAAAAUUUAUUACAGAAACACUACAGAAAUGUUUGAGGUUAUCUUAUCAUCAAUGCUUAGUCGAAUUCACUCCAGAAAGUUUUGUAAAUUUACGUCCCUGCAAGCCAUCCCCAGAAUAUAAAUAUGGAACAGAAGGAGCUGGUUUGUUGAAAUUUUAUUUUUCCUUUCUUUAAACAUAUAUUUUAUAUAUAUUAUCUUAUUUUAAAUGUUAUGGUAGUUUAUAGAUUUAAUUUAAAAGAGAAACUAUUUUAAACAAUCUUUAGUUUAAUAUUUAAAUGAUCAUAGAUUGUAAAAUAUAAUAUGCAUACAAGUAAUAUAGGAUGUCCCUUAAGUUGCAUAUCAUAGGUAAAAAUAACUGUUCAGAUGGUUGAUGUGAUUCACAUUCUGUUGCAUACAAAUUUUUAGGUGGGUGAUCCAAUCAUUCCAUACACCUUGAAAGAUGUUGGGUCAUAGGUGGCUGGAACAUACUUUGUUGGCCAUGCAUCCAGUCCUCUUAAACUUUGCAAACAAUCAUUCAGUGAUGGUUUGUGAAAUGGAUGUUUGUUGUUGGAUUCCUCUCCCUGUUAAUGUGUGAAACAACCAUCAGGAUGCUUUCAAUACAUUUUUUCUAAAUGUAAAACCUAUUAUGUUACAGUUUGUCUGUUGUGUUUGUUUAGUGUAAUUUUUUUACAGUAUAUGUUAUGCUUUUUAA